AUGUGGCUCUGGAUAUUCUUGCUCCCCGUAUGCCUUGCGGAGGCCAACUGGCCCAGACUAUCUACUCGUUCCAGCCAGGCCUACAGAGCUGAGCGAGACAUAGCUUUGGACAUUCCCAUAGAUCAACAAACACCAUUUGGAAUCAGCGCCAAUAGACUCAUAUUUGAUGUUGAGGGCUAUACUGCCGACUCCUUGGCCACCCUCCUGAACGUCUUGUACGUGGGCAUCAAUGCUAUCAUGCUAGAUAUGUACUGGAACGAGUACACCCACCGAUGGCAGCUCUGUCCUGCUCCCAUUCCCGAGGAUGCCACUGCCAACCUGUCAGAAACAGUCAAAGUAUCAUGGCAGGAUAAAACUUAUCGGUGCCAGCCGAGCUUUGCCGAUAGCGACGUGUACGCCACGCUACGAGACUAUAUCAAGUCAUCCAACAUCAAUAGCGAGGCCAAUGUCGUGCAAUUGAUCUUGAACUUGCGGCUGAUUCGAAACGACACGGUUGUCGUUAGAACAAACACUACAGGCAAUCGAACCGUGGCCACACGGCCGGCGCCUACGUCUCUCCAAACGGGGAUGGUGGUGUACCAGCCCAAAUACAUGGAGGUGGGCAAUACUUCGCUCAGUGGCCCGAUCUCCACACUCAACUCGUAUCUCUACUCUCCUCGUGACUUGAACACGUCGGUCCAAAUCAAUGUGACGCUGAACUAUGACAGUGAGUUUCCUACCAUGCAAGACUUCAUGUUCAACAUGUACAAGCGUACGUUGAUCUCCGCCAUCAACACUGACUUUCGAAAUACCCUGAGAACUUAUAACCUUUCCCUGGCUGAUAGGGACUCGAUCUUUUUUUAUGAGGAUUCUGGUUUCACCUUGAACGACACCUCGGAGUUUGUUCUUGAACUGUGUCGUAAACGACUAACAGAAGUUUUUGACUCAAACUAUUACUCUCAGAGGGUCCAUACGACAAAGUUUCGCACGCUUAUAGACUCUAACGAAGCUCCAUUGUCUCGUGAUGAUGCCCACAAUGCCCUUCAGUGUGGGUACAUGCCCGUACUCAAUGCAUCAUGGUACCCUGCUGAUAACAAGUCCAACAUAUCCGAUGACUAUACCGGCAGAAUUCUUAAUCGGUACAUUCCUUAUUCAUACUGGUCGUGGGGCUCUAACGAGCCCAACGCUUCGUUUGUCAACAAGACAAGGAUUGCAUUAGACCAGGACGACCUUCGAACUCGUGAUGAGGAUGACGACGAUGACAAUGAUGUAGAUAAUCCUUUUGGGGAUGACCCUGACUGGCAGGAAACAGCAGAGAGUCAGGUGGCUGAGAAGUGUGUAGCGAUGAAACAAGGCGGCUGGGCCGUUGAAAAUUGCUACAACAAGUACCGGUUGGCUUGCAAAAACACCCGCAACCCAUUUGAAUGGCAGCUCUCUGAAGAAAUCGCUCUGUAUUUUAGCACAAACCAGCAGGUGUGUCCUAAGAACUUCAAGUUCGGAAUUCCUCAUCUGUCCACCGAGCAACUAGCACUCAGGAACUUCCUCAACGCCUCACAAGUGAUCUAUCCCGUCUGGAUAGACUUGAAUGACAUCACCAUUCUGGGCUGCUUCGUUGACGGAGGACCCUACGCAGAAUGUCCGUAUAAACGUGCUGUGACUACAAGCAAUUUGAUCCGGCUGAUUGCGCCAUCGGCAGUGGUUGCUGUGGUGAUUCUCUUGCUCAUCUUCUACGAAAGAUUCUUCCUUCUGACUCCAAUCCACUCCAAUCGACGCCGGCAUUGGAAACGAGUUAUCAAUCAAUACUACAAGAAGAAUGACUACGAGGGGGUGCCCUCGUAG